GCGGAUUUGCUUCGGCUCAACGUCCGAAAGACCGGCAGUGUAGUCCCAGUAGCAGUAGAAGUACAUGAUCCAUGAAAAUGAGUUUUCCAUUCGGCUGGGCGUUCCGAAUGAAGCUGAUCGUCUUCAUCUUCCUCCUUGUCCAGCUGUCGUUAUACCAUGAUCUCGCAGAAUGCAAGGUAUCCCAGGCGAGAAGGGAUUUCAAGGAGGACUUCAAAGCACUACUCAGUCCAGCUCAAAAAGUCCUGCUACCGAUAGGCGAAGCUCUGAUAUUCAACGAAGACCUCUCAACGGAGUGCACCACGGCACUCUUGAGAACUGGCCGAGCUCUCAGGAGCGGCAAAAUGUGGGCCACUAGGAUGUUGGUCUCAAACGGUUUCAUACCGGAGAACAUUUUCCUCGGACAAACGCAAGCCCAUGGCAGCAUCGAGCAGUGCUUGCGGCAUCCCGAGCUAAGAGAUGAGGAUGGGCCCGACGAUCAAGAAGCACACUACUGCAAGGUGAAAUUGGCCUUCAGCAAGAACGACACUUUCUACGAACGCCUUACUUCCGAAAUUCACAAAACCUCCGGCCUCAACGUACAAGCCGUACCUGAUGUGAUCAAGGGUAUUUACACGGGACUCGUCGCUUCAUUGUGCGUGCCUCGCGACUGUUCCGAGCAGGACGUUCAGAUCGCUUUGAACACCAUCUCCGACAUGUAUGGACUCCAAGCGGAGGUGAGCUCCUGCCAGAAUGGUGAUCCACCGUCAUUCGAAACCCAGCAAAUUCUGACAAUGGCUUUCUUCGGCUGCAUCCUCAUCUUGUGUCUGGCCGGGACAAUCAUCGAACUGAAUAGCUCCAUCUUCGGAAAAUCUUUCCCUGGAAGAUUCAUACGCUGCUUCGGUCUGUCGAAAAAUUGGACAAGUCUCCUAGACGGCGGCGAUCCCCAACAUCGGACGGGCUUCUUCAAUGGACUGAAACUUCUUUUGUGUCUCUGGAUUUCCGCCGGUCAUCUCAUCAUAUUUCCGUCGCCGGAAUUCACCCAAAAUCCCGGGGAUUUCUUCAUGGUCGUGAGUCGUUCGCUCUGGUUCCAGCUGUUCAGUAAUAUCAACCUCGCGGUGGUGGGCUUUUUCUUCAUUAGCGGAUACUUGGUGCAUCAUGGAACGGAGCGCUUCUCCACGAAACAACCAUUCAGAUAUGUCUUGACUUGCUUCGCAAGACGCUACUUCAAGCUGGUGAUUCCGGCUCUCGUUGUGCUACUGACAACUCUUCUCUACCCUCUGAUGAGCCGGACCGCGAGCCCUCGAGAAGGCUUCUAUUUCAACAACAUCGGCUCCUGCUCCAGAGAGUGGUAUCUCUUGCCCUGCCUAUCGAAUAAUUACAUCGAUAUUUUCCGGGAGCAAUGUCUAACACAUUUGUGGUAUAUAUCGACCGACUUGAAGAUAUAUCCAUUGGUCGUCGCUUUAUCCGUGUUCUAUAGAAGAUCCCCCCGAUAUGCCCUCAUCACUUGUCUUCUAGUCGUGAGCUUGACAUCCGUUUUCGUCGGUAUAGAAACCUUCCGUGAAGGUGCCUCGGGAGUCGUGGCUCGAGCUGAUCUCGAGGGAAAACGGUACCUGGCAGCCGGUAAGGCUUUGGAUCUCUACACGCGACCGUAUACGCAAGUCGCUGCCUAUGUGAUGGGCAUGUUAUGUGCGGUACUUGUGGAAACUCUGCAGGACCGUCCCCCCAACUUUACAACGUUCGCAAAAAGCCUCCUAUGGAUUCUGUCGGGGACGCUCUUCCUAAUCCAGACGUACCUCAUCACCUACUCGUCGAUUCAAGUUUUUUCACCUGCCGGAAUUGGUAUGUCCAUCUACGCGGGAGUUUCACGACCACUCCACGCACUCAUGUAUCUCUGGAUCGUGACCGCAUGUACCCUAUACUUCGCUGAACCACUCCGGCGUUUCCUAUCUCAUCCCGUGAUGUUUGCUUUGGGGAAAUUGAGCUACGGUGUCUACCUCAUACACUUCCCGCUCGGAUCUCUCGGUUACGCCAAUCUCAAAAACGCCUCGCUCCAGUACAACUUCGUCACGUUGUCCCAAGGAGUGCUCGGAACCCUGAUGCAGAGUUUCAUCCUGGCCGCGAUAUUGUAUAUCUUCGUGGAGAAGCCCCUAGCAAAUGUGGACAGACUCCUCGUCAAUCGGCGCAGGCGGACCAACUCAGAGGUCAACAAGAACGCUUCUUCCCUACCUGCAACUGUUUCCAAGGAUUCAAGUGGGCUCGGAUGCGUACCGAUAGGCUCUGACCCUGAGACGGCUAAGAACUCAUCAGGGACGACGCCAGCUUCAUCAAAGCUGUGACAUUUUCGAGUGUUGCACCGGAUCUCAAAAGUAACAAAACCCCGAAUCAAUUCCCCCUCUUCGACUGGCAUCGUUGUGUCUUGUAAAUGAUGUCGAUUUGUACGUAUGCCCGCCCGCCGGCCAUCAACCGCCAGCUCUGCCUGGUCACCCGACACGCGAACGGCCGCUCCCGCCAGAGCGUAGAUAACAAGAUCGUAUGAAGAGAAAGAACAUCAACAUGACCGCGGGCAGAAACGAACGAAGGGGCAGAUGAACAGACCCAAACAGGAAAUGACGAUAAAUGAAAUAGGAAAACCAUAUUUAUUCA